CGCCGAUUGGCCGGCGCCGGUCAUGUGGCCGGGCGGUCGUGAACAUGAACUUUUUAUCAUUUCCCUGGUGGUUAUAAUGCAGCAUUCUUUUGGACACCACACCUAGGUCGGAGCACUGUCGUCCUUCAGGGCUCCAGCCUCUUGAUAUUUUUAUACUUCAGUAUCAGCUCGAUAAAGCAAAAGAGAGAGGGGGGAGAGGAAAAGAGAGAGAGAGAGGGCAGGAGGGGUGGGAAUUACACAAAAGAGAGAACCAAAAAUAAUUUUAAUUUCUAAGUUAAUUUGCUUGCUGAUCUGGGAUUUUAGUCAUCAUGGAGGGUAAAUGGACAAUCUGCCCAGGACCGCAGCCUGAUACCAUUUUUCAAAGCCAGAACUUACUCCAUUUUCUAUGCAAAUAUCAGAAAAUCGAAACACCCUCUCUCCCAAGUCAGAGAAGGGGAAGCGACGGCUCUCAGGUUGGGACAAUAUUAUCGGGAAGAUGAAGACGAAACCGAACGCUCUUUUUUUCCCCUCCUUCCUCCCCACCCCUUUCAACCGGAGGAAAAAAAUCCCAAGGUCUGCAAAGGUAAGGGAGAUUCUACAAUUCUCUUCUUAUUCUUUUGCAUCAAUUUUAUAGGGGGUGGGGCUUGGGUUUGUCUCCCUCCCCCACUCCAAGACGGGGCCGAACCCCACCUCUGGGCGCUAUAGGGAGAGGCUUCCCAGGAUAUUCGGUGACCGAGAGAAGGGUGGCUGCUUCCUGGAGGGGGAGGCCAAGGCAGGGAAGACGGGAAGAGGAACCGAAAGGGGACACAGAGGCGAGCUCUAAGUCGCCUUUUUAAGCUGGGAGGAGAGGCUCAAGCGAAGGGGCUGUGAAAGAGAGAAUGGGGGUGUCUGGGCUUCUGGGCGCCCGCAGAAGCCGGUUGCUAUGGCCUCCGUGGUUUGCGCCCCCUCCCCCUCCCCCUCCCACCAUCCUUCCCUUGUCCCGGCCGCCCCCAGUUGCCCCGCGCAGUUCUCUUGCCCGAUGAGGGUAUCAGCGAUUUCCCAGCAGCAUUGGCACGAGGGGCGGUGGCGCUGGAGGGAGUCCUGGUCUCUGGAGGGCCUAGGCUGGCGAGGGCGAGGAGUAGGCUAGAGAGACACAGAAAGAACAAUUCACAGAGAAAUGCUCAUUAUCUCCCUGCGGAGGAGAUAUUUCUGAAAUUAAAGGGUUGUGGGUGGAGGCACCCAAAUCGAGCAAGACCCCCCCAGGAAGCCUGCUUGAGAAUGCCCAGGUCUCUCACCACUUGCACAGGAGGAAGCCUCGCUCUGCAGGGAGACAAUUUUGUGGUUUUGACGCGGUAGGUUACAACGUGUUGGCUUCUGUGUAAUAUUGAUUCUAUUACUUGUGUUUUAUUGGUAUGGGGUGUGUGGAUUUCGGUGGAGGAGAAAACUGCCAUGUGUGUAUCUGACGUGAAAUCAUUUCAAACUUUCUUGUGUGUGGCGAUUGUGAAGAAGCUGUUUAGAGUGUUGUUGUUUUAGGCUUGUAAACAAAAACAAGAAUUUAAAAAAAAAUUAAGGGACCUGACGGCGUGCAGACUGGAAAGCUGCCUGGCGCUGAGCUCAGACAGCUAGUCCUGUCCCUCCGGCGCCUGAUUUCAUUCCCUAGCCAGACCUCCUGAGGGGGGAGGCGGAGAAGAACCAUUUUGGGCGGGAGACAGAUCCCUCAAGUAGCUGAUGGGGUGGAAAGAAGGCGAAAGCCGCGAGGUGAAGACUUAAAAAUAGAGUGAGAGGGUUUCUGGGGAAUCUUCCAGCCUAGAAAUAAGCGAUUUUGGGCACGGAGGACAGGAAAGACUGAUUUAGUUUGCACAAAUAGGUGACUGCUUUUCUCUGUUUAAAGACCAGAGCAUUCAGCCUCGGGCAUCUGGUUGCCCAGGGAUGGCAGGGUCUGGGGUGUGUGGGGGUAUGUUGGCUCUCUCAGUCUUGAGCUGGGAAGACAGCGACGCAGCCACUUGUGGCACAGGAGGGGGCCCCUGGAGGCACAGGUAGAUGACCUGAAAGCAGGCCCGCACUGGGUGCCUGGAGGAACCCCUUGGCUGCGUAGCGAGAGAAGUUCUCGGCCAGCACCCACGGCACUCGGAGCCUAUUCUCAAAGGAAAAAUCCCACAAACCAACCCAGACUAAAGGUCUUUUUCUCCUGGAGUCUUUGCGGGGUAUAAAUCAUCCCUUAGUAUGCUCUGACCCAAAUUAUGCGGUUUGCUGCCAUCUACCGUCCGUUCGGAGACAUGCGGCUUCCGCGCCGCGAGCCCCGCGUCGCUGCUGAACCGCGCCCGACGCCUGGAGCCCGGGCCGCUCAGGUUUGGCGGGAUAUUCGGGGGAUUUCAGGCCCGGAUUGUCGCUUUCCGCUGGAUCUUGGUUCCCGAUCGCCCGCGUGUGGAUUAGAGAACAAGUAUCCCUCUAGUCCGCCCUCUCCAUCCCAGCUCCCAACCUGGCGACUGGCUGAGGAAGCGGCUUUUUCCAGGGCGUAUUUAAAGAGAACUAGUACUGCAUCCCGCGGGCAGGGGGCCCUGAAUCAAAGGGUUGGGGGAUCAGAGCCGUGAGCCCUUCCUCCCCCGCAACCCAGGCGGGAGAGGGGAUCAUCCGGGCCGCUCGAGAGAUCCGAGGCCAAGGCUGUUCGAGGUUUAUUUGGUUUUCUUCUCGGCCAAGGGAGGGGGCCGGCAGGGGAGUUGCCGGCCUCAGCAGUUCCACUCGGUUGUCAAAAGACAAACCGGGUCUGUUUUCUCCGGGUUGGCUGGUGGGUCUUGCCAGUUCCUUGGCCGGUGAGUCCUCGAUGAAGGAAUCGAGCCGAGUUUUCUGGAAACUGUUGGUGUCUGCAAGUGAGUGUGGGUCCCCUCCCCCAUUCUCGAUCGUUUCAGGCGAAAUCGACACAAACAUGCUUUGCGAAAAAAAUUGAGAGUGGGAGUGGGAAUCAAUCAUUAGGGAACCAAACCAUUGUUAUUUCCGUUCCUGCCGGACCCCUCACACCCGCUUAACUCGACCGCUUUCCCAGAAGGGGGUGGCGAGGGCGGGGUGCGCGCCUCUGCUGCUGCCUUUGAAUAUUGGCCCCUGUCUCACGGGUUACUGAUUAGCUCGGGCUUUCAAGCCGCAGGAGGAAGCUCUGGCCGCUCCUUUCAAGGUGCUGUGGCCCCAGUUCCUGGGCGGGGGCUCCAGGAAAUUGCCUGUGGUGCCAGGCAAGCUGAGGUGUUACUAGGGUCUGGCCCGGAGCUGCCAAAGUCCAGGGGCCCGGCGGUGCUGGGGGCAAACGCUACGGUGUCUGCCCCACGUCUUCGGCGCCUCCUGAGUCUGGGCCGCAGGAGCAGCCUUUUCAGCUUUUCUGCAGCGAGAGUGACUUUCUGGCGGCUAGAAGGCUCGGCUCCAGCGCGGGAGGCCCCGAGGGAGCGCACCCCGAAAGUCUUGGGCCGCUCGGAGAUUUUUUCUUAUGGGUAAUCCGAAAGACAGGUAGGGAGGGGAAGGCGGCUGGUAGACAGGGUUGAAAUACUUGAGGCUCUGCUCCAGGGUGCCCCUGGACCCGGGGGAGGAACCGGGAGAGCGAGCCGCGCCACCGCCCACUCCCCCCUCAAGAUCACAGACUAUGCCGUUCAUUUGCAUAAUGGAAAUGAGGUCUUUGUAAGCAGCUUUGGACCGGACAAUUUCAAGCCAAUGUCCCAUCUAAACAGCUCCCAGAGGUUGGGAGCAGCCACACUGCUCCCUCUGGGAAUAUUAUGUUCCCCAAACCCAGAGUCCAGGGCAAGAACUAGGGUGAGAUAUUUUAAGUCGCCCCACCCCAGCCAGAGUUGAGAGUGAGGAGGGAAAGGUGCCCACAACCCAAAGAGCUGGGGGUGGGGGCAGCUCUGUAGCCAGAGGAAAUGGGAAGCCUGGACAAUGUCUCAGUCCUCCUCCCCUCCAUCCAUAUACAGAGACCCCUCCCUGAGGUUACCCAGACAGGAGAGUUUUACUCCUGAGCCGAAUACAACUUGGAUAUUUCCCCGGGAGCGGGAAUGUGUGUGCAGCCACAGGACCGCAGACCCGAAGUACAGAAAAUUAGAAUUAUAAAUCCCGCCUGUGGGGUUUCUGUAUAAUCCUUCUGUUGUGUACUCAGACUCAGUACACAUUUAGAUCCACCUCUCCAUACACACUUCCUCAUUGAGGCAGGGAGAGACACCCCAGACCGGCAGACAGCCGUGCCUGCUGUGUAUUUACAUAUUCCCCCUUGGAGACAGACAGACGGCGGUGGACCGAGCCACAGACAGAUUCGUAGAGACCAGGCUCCAGAAACCAGGCGGCCUCUGGCCGGGCCCUGCCUGCCUGCUCUUUCUCCCAAACAAACGGAUCAGACGAAUAAACGCUCAUAAAUACCUCUGGGCUUAGAUAAGAGCGAUGAGGCGCUAUUUCCUUUCAUGCCGGACUCCAGGCGCCCAGGCCCUGCCUUUGCGGCUCCGUCUUAUGACAGGCAACCUGCAGAGGUGAGGUUAAUUUGGGGCAGCAACUCUAAGGGUAAGGUGAUUUUUGUGCUUCUAUCCCAGAGGAAGCCUCCCUCCCUCACCGCAUCUUACUUUGUCCAGACUCCACAGGAAAGCCCACUCAGUCCAGUCCUAGGAUGGGGAUAUUGUGGCCAGGGAGGAGGCAGGGAGGGCUGAGGCCCAAGGCCCAGCCUCAGUGGCAGGGAGAAGGGAGGUGCACAUGGGCACUUUCUCCACCUUGCUCCCCUGCCCAAAUAUUCCCCAUUCCUCUCUAGGAGUGGGCCCAAUCUCAGCUAGAAUGGAGCGUUUAUGAUCCUCCAUCAUUAGGAGGCUUGAGUUUAUUUUCUUAAAUCUUGAUAAACCCCCCCCCCCAGAGGUGGGCUAGGAAGUGGUCACUGGGAUAUCCAGGGAUCGCCACUUGGCCAUGAAGCUGCAGCCUAGAAUUUGUCCUCAGUUCAGGGAACCUUGCAGGCCACUUUACAACCAACCAAGUUGCCAUCCUUGGUCACCAAUCUCAGCCCUCCACCACUUUCCCUAGUGUUUUGUGCUGUCUUCAGUGGGUAGAGGUGGCUCAUAAAAAGGAAUCCAAAGAACAAGGCAGAGGAGGGUCAGUCUAGCCCUUUCAUCAUCCGACUUUGUCUCAUACCCUGAACCAUUCCUGGCCCCAGGUCUGGAGGUUCUCACUCUUUAGUGCCCGGCCUCCACAUGCAUAUUAGAAUGUUGAAAAUACGUUGUGGCUCAGUCUUCCAGCCUGGCUUCAAUGCUCAUUUUCCUUAGGUGAGAGAGGGAGAGUGAGCACUGGAGAGAGGGAGCCAGAGACAUACACUCUCUCUCACACCCAAGCUUGUAGGGCAGCAAAGCUGGUGAUACAAACAUGGGGUGUCGGAGGGAUUGUAGAGAUGCUGAGAGACAGACAGAAGGGUGGUGAGCAUCUGGAGAGGGGAUGCAGGCUGAUAGUUGUAAACUGCCUGCUGAGUCCCCAGGAGGACCCAAACAUCCCUCCCUCAAUUAUAAAACUAAAGCAAAAUCAAGUCUUGGGAAAUUAAUUUUAAAAAGAACUGCCAGCUUCUGGAGAGACCUAGAAAAGGAGUGCGAGCACCUCUCUUUCCGGUGGUCUCUGAUUGCCUCAGGUAUCAGGAGGGCUUGAGGACCCCAAAUUGGAGAAGGAACAGUUUCCUCCCCAGACUCACUUACUGAGACAGUCUUGAUUUCUAUGAAUCUGUAGCCCAGGACACUCGUGUCUUCUGGGGUAGGAGGUGGGGGUCCAGUGAGGAUUGCAGACAGGAGAGGGAUUAGACAAACCGAGGCUGGGGGAUGCCCCUCACUCCUGUCCAUAUCCCUAAGUGAGAAGCCAGCUAGUCUGCUUCCCCAAUGCCCCUUCCCGUGCCAAGAGCGAGCAGUACAUACUAGAACCAGGCGGGGUGUCUUGGGCAGCGGCAGCCUUAGUCUUCCAAGAAGCUCCUAGCCUAGCUGCAGAGCCAAAGGGAGAGGCUUGGGCUCAGACCCUCUUUCCAUUUCCCGGCCUCUGGGUCCUCUGAGCAGCAGGCUCUGGCCUGCCCCUCAGACCAUAAGAGUUGUGGAGAAGCAGGAAGAAUAGACCUCGGCUUGGAGGAGACAGUAGAUCUGAGAAGCAGGAAAAACGGUUCUCAAAACCUAAGAAAGAGUGUUUCUUCUUUAGCUUCUCUUUCUGAAAACGAUACCAUUAGUGGAGAACUCUUCUUCCCUCUACUAAUACAAAACCCGAGAAAUAAACCUUCUCCUUUAGUCCUUUCCUAACGAGAUUAAGAUUCGAGAUUCAGGCGCAUUUACCCACCCUUCCCUCGAGGGAAUGGGGCUGGAGCAACGCAGGGGUUAACUUUUCUGAAAACACAAUUAACUUUUUCCUAUCCUGCGUGGGGAGGGGAGGGAUAUAUUUAUUUAAUCACUGGGGGAUGGGGUGGUCUCCAUCCAAAUGCUUCCUCCUCCCGCAAAGGCACAGACGCGUCCUUCGCAGAUCCUACGUAGGUGGAAUAGGACGUGUCGUGUUGUUGGGGAGAGAGAGAAAGGAGAAGGAGAAGAAGGAGGAAAAAAAAGGUUGAUAGGUUUGUGCGCGGGUCCCUCGUGCGGGCUGCGCUCCUCCUGGGUGCUAUUUGACAAUUCCUGCUUCUGCCAUUGGUCAGUGUUGGAUCAGAUGGUUGUAUUUCCUUCUGGCCCUCACUGGCACCUCGCCAUCCCCCCUCAGCUAAAACCCAAUCUCAGAUAUACUACUAAUAGGCGCGGCGCUCGGACUAUAAAACACAACAAAUCAUAAAGCCGGCGAAGCAGCAGCGGCCGCGCGCCUCCCCUCCCAAUGAGUUCCUAUUUCGUGAACUCCACCUUCCCCGUCACUCUGGCCAGCGGGCAGGAGUCCUUCCUGGGCCAGCUACCGCUCUACUCGUCGGGCUAUGCGGACCCGCUGAGGCACUACCCCGCGCCCUAUGGGCCCGGGCCCGGCCAGGACAAGGGCUUUGCCUCUUCCUCCUAUUACCCGCCGGCUGGCGGCGGCUACGGCCGAGCGGCGCCCUGCGACUACGGGCCGGCGCCGGCCUUCUACCGCGAGAAGGAGUCGGCCUGCGCGCUCUCGGGCGCCGACGAGCCGCCCCCGUUCCACCCCGAGCCGCGGAAGUCCGACUGUGCGCAGGACAAGAGCGUGUUCGGCGAGACCGAGGAGCAGAAGUGCUCCACUCCGGUCUACCCCUGGAUGCAGCGGAUGAAUUCGUGCAACAGUUCCUCCUUUGGGCCCAGCGGCCGCCGUGGCCGCCAGACUUACACCCGCUACCAGACCCUGGAGCUGGAGAAGGAGUUUCACUACAAUCGCUACCUGACCCGGCGGCGGCGCAUCGAGAUCGCGCACGCCCUGUGCCUGACUGAGCGGCAGAUCAAGAUCUGGUUCCAGAACCGGCGCAUGAAGUGGAAAAAGGAGAGCAAACUGCUCAGCGCGUCUCAGCUCAGUGCCGAGGAGGAGGAAGAAAAACCAGCCGAAUGAAGGCGCUGGAAAGGGAGGGGGAACGUGAAAGGGAGAGGCCUGUGGGGCAUCGAGAGCCCGGUGGAGGCUCUGCGGGUGGGGGCGCCCGGGGACCUGCUCUCCAGCGCAAGACAGGCGGGGCCCAGCGCUCUCCUGGACGCCCCCCGCCCGCAGAGCUCUAGCUGGGGGCUGGGAGGCCGUGCCGCCUGAGCCCACCCAGCAGCCCGCUCACCCCCUCCAACCCGGUGGAACCCGCCUCCGCCCGAUCAGGCUCCCCGUGAGAACUGAGGACCGAACUCACUUGGUGUUUCCUGGAAGCAGAGCAAAAUACUCUUGUCCGUGUCGCGUCUCAUUUCGUCCAUGUCCCCCGUGCACGGUUCAAUGGUAGAUUCGCAGUCCCCUCAGCGGGGGCCUCGAAGACUCCCUGACCCCAGACCUCUCUCCCACCCCCUCCCCAAAGCCACUGGAAGGAGCACAUACUACCUAGAAGUAAGAAGAGGAGCCUCAGAAGAAAACAAAGUUCUAUUUUAUUAAUUUUCUAUGUGUUGUGUUUGUAGUCUUGUCUUAGCUCUGGACGUGAAAUACUUCGGUAAUAAUAUUAAUAUUAAUAAUAAUAAUAAUAAUAAAGACGUAAAAACUC